AUGGAUAUACUUUCUAAUGCUGUUAUUGUGGUGGGAAAAUUUGUAUGUAAAUGCAUCUAUCCUAAGAUUGAAAAUAUUGUCCGUUUCUCAUCAAAAAUUGAAAAUGUAAGGGAGGAAAUAGAUAAGCUAACAUGGCUUAGAGAAGAUAUCAGAGUAAUGGUGCAAGCAGCUGAGCGAGAAGGCUACAAACCAAAACCCAAUGUUCUCAAGUGGAUCGAAGAUGCACACGAGCUAGAGAAUGAAUGGAAAGCUAUGCAAGAGCGCAUUGCAACAACAAAAAGACUUACAUUUAAGUGUUGUCCAAAAUGCAGCCUUCGCGUUAAAGUCUCCACUCAAGCACAAAACAUACGAGAAAAUCUUUCCAGGCUUAAAGAAGUCGGAAAAAGCUUUGGAUCCAAUUUGGUGGUAGAAGAUUACUUGAUGAAAAGAGUUGAGUUCAUCCCGGGACCAUCAAUAGAAGGUCAGUCAACAGCAACAAGGAAUCUCAACAAAAUCUUGCAACUGUUAGAAGAUAAUAAGGUAUGCAUCAUCGGCGUGUGGGGUAAAGGAGGAGUUGGGAAAACAACAUUGGUGAAGAAUCUGAACAAUGAGCUUCUAAAGAUUAAGGUGUCAAAUUCUAAACUUUCUUUUGGUGUUGUGAUAUGGGUUACAAUGCCGAAACCAAUAGAUAUAAGAAAGGUUCAAGAACAAAUUGCCAGAAGAUUAAACCUAAAGGUAGAUAAUGAGGGAAACAUAAUAAGCAUUGCUAGCAAAAUCUAUGAAAGGCUCAAGCAAGAAAAAAGUUUCCUUCUCAUACUAGAUGAUGUUUGGGAUGCUAUAAAUUUGGAUCAUGUAGGUGUGCCCCAACCCAAAGCUCACACAGGAAGCAAGGUUAUUAUAACUUCUCGUUUUUUGGAUGUUUGUAAGAAAAUGAAAACAGACACCGAAAUGAAUAUUUCCACAUUGGAUGAGGAUGAAUCUUGGCAACUGUUUGUUGAAAGUGCGGGAGAUGUUACCAAUCUGGAGGAUAUUCAGCCAUUGGCAAAGGAAAUUGCAGAAGAGUGUGGUGGUUUACCUUUAGCAAUCACUGUUAUUGGAGCAUCUCUGAGAGGGAAGAAGAGGGUCGAGCAAUGGAAAGAUGCUUUGGAAUCACUUAGAAUGUCCGAACCUCAUAACAAAAGUGUAGAAGAAAAGGUUUACAUGGUCAUCAAGUCGAGUUUUGAUUCUUUAGAAUCUCAGGAUAGUGAAUCAUCCUCUGUGAACAAAAAGAGAGGUGAUAUUCGAAGUUGUUUGUUGUAUUGCUCCUUAUAUCCGGCGGCUAUUUCAACAGAUGAUCUCAUACAUUGCUGGUGGGCAGAGGGCUUCCUCGGUGAACAUAACACACAUGAAGAAGCCUACAACAGGGGAAUCACAAUGAUUGAAAGUCUAAAAGAUACCUGCUUGCUACAAGAAGCCCAUGAGAUAGAUUAUGUGAAGAUGCAUGACGUGGUUCGUGAUGUUGUUAGAUGGACAGAUAAUUCCUAUGGGGAUGAACACAACUCUAUUAUUCAAGCUGGAGUUGGUUUGCUACAGAUAUCACAUAUUAAAGUAUCAUCUUCUGUCAAGAGAAUAUCUUUCGUAAGUAAUGAAAUCGAAUGUCUACCUGAUUGCUUCACAAAAUGCCCUGAGACAACUUCUUUACUUCUGCAAGACAAUGAACUCCUUGAGGACAUUCCCCAUGGAUUUUUUUUGUCAUUUCCAGCUCUAAGAGUUGUGAAUCUGAGUGCAACUGGUAUUAGAGCACUGCCUUGUUCCAUCAAUAGUUUAUGUCAACUACGUGCUCUAAUACUACAAAAUUGCAAUGAGUUGAAAGAGUUACCACCUAUUGGUAAACUUUACAAUUUGCAGUUGCUUGAUUGUGAUAAUACAAGGUUAUGUUGUCUUCCGCAAGGAAUGGAUAAGUUGACAAAUCUGAGGCUAUUAAAACUACCUGUAAAUGAUUUGAAGAACAUCAGCAAAGGAUUCUUCCUAAAAUUGUCUAGGAUUGAAAUGUUAAAUAUGCUGGAUAGUGAAACGACAAAUUUGAGGCUGUUAAAUCUUCUUGGACCAAUUUCUUUUGAUGAGAUAUCGUCUCUACACAAUCUGACAUCUCUUUUUAUUAGAUUGGAUAGUUCAUCAAUUUUCAAUCGAGACCACACCUGGAUGUCUAGAUUGAAAAGUUUUCACAUUGAAAUUGGGAGUUCUCCAACGCAUGUACCAUUCAACAAGUCAACAAGGAUGAUAAGCAUCUCCAAGUGUGAAAUUUUCAGUAAUGGAGAGCUCUCAAGCAUGUUGCAGUUUGCUUCAUAUUUGUACUUGGUAAAAUGCAUGGGUCUCAGGAAGUUGAUUGCGUACAACAGUUUUGAUGGAUUAAAAUCACUAUGCAUAGAGAGAUGCUCUUGUGAUUUCGGACCAUCGAAAGAAGGAAGUGCACAGUUUGACCCUCUGCCAAAUCUGGAACAUCUCAGCCUCAUUUCUGUUAAUCAUUUAAAGAGUGUUUCUGAUUUCGGUCAACUUUUGGGUCUAAGAUUUUCUAAAUUACGUCAACUAGAUAUACAAUUUUGUGCAAGUUUAACGUGUCUUUUUAACACUUUUUCUGUACCCAAGUACUUGGAAGACAUUUCAAUUACCUUUUGUCCUCAGCUGGUAGAGUUGCUAGUCCAACGCGGCUCAAGUCAGGCAACACCUGUCAACUCAGAAAUCCCAACAGUACGGAAGUUACAUUUGAGAAACUUACCAAAAUUAGGAACAUUGGGGGAGCCACGGAGUAUGUGGGAACACCUGGAGGAACAUGAGGUGAUCAAUUGCGAUCGAAUUGAACACCAGAAGUUGCCUGUCUCCAUUCAAAACACCAACAUCAAAGUUAGAAAAGGAUUCGCAGAAUGGUGGAGCCUAAUGGCAGUUUCAGAUUUCUAUCGGAACCAGCCCUUCUACUUUACAUUUGAGGUAGAGCUACCUUUAGAUAUAGCAGUUGUGAUUUCAAUUCGGCUUCCGCAACAAUUGGUAUCAGAGCCAAUGUAUUAUCUGAGUAUGCUCUGUGGUUGCAGCACAGUCUGA